AUGACGAUGAAGCGGACGAUCAAAAGUGAAGAUGUGACGUCGUUAGCUGUCACAACAGAAGGUAACCAGCAAGAGGUGGUAGCAGACGUGUACACGCCGCUGUGGCGCAAGCCCUACGCUGAACAACUACAGCACAAGGAGACCAGCGCUAGUCUCGAAGAUUUGCUCAAAAUAGAAGAUGAUCUUCGAGAAUACUUCUGCAGAGGUUCUGGUUCUGCUACGGGUCUGACGUCCCUUUACCUUCAUGUGAGCAACACAACUCACAAGUGUCGCCACAAGGACCCCUACCGUCUGGUGUUCGGUGCACCUCAUAUAGAGGAGUCGUGUGCCCACAAUAAAUUCCGUAUCUUGCCGGACACUAGCUUUCCGUUUAACAGAGAGGCAGAGGAGCUCGUCAUAAGCGCUGUUCAAAAAACUGCCGGAAUCGACGAAAGCACAAACCUGCUGCACCUUGGCUCCGGCUCUGGAGUUCAGAGCUUGGCGCUAGCAAGGCACGUGAGGCGGGUGGUGUGUCUCGAGAGCUCGGCCGCGGCCGUUGACGACUUGGAGUUCAAUCUUCAGCUCAACGAUAUCACAAACGUCGCUGUUCAAGACGGUCCCUUACAUCAGCCACAAGAUCUACCGUUAAGGCACAAGAUCGCUGCGAGUUAG